AUGCACGCCAACCUUCUCGCCCUCGCCGGCACCACUCUUCUUCUCGUCGCGCAAGCGAGUGAGACAGCUUUUGCGGAUUCGAUGGGUCUACAAAAGCUGCCCGAGACCUGCCGUUCGACUUGCCAGUCCCCAGCCUUGGCCCUUCAAAAGUGCUUGCAGACAACGGAGACGGAUUCCUCGGACGACAACCUGACUGCCGCGGUGAAGCGGGUGACUGCAUGCAUCUGCAAGAAUGAGGAGAUGGAUAUGCCAAAGGCCAUGAUGCCUUGCUUUCAAUGCAUCAACAAAAACCAAUCUAGCUCCAUGACGGCGGACGAGAUGUACAAAACCAUCAACGCUGAAUGCAAAUCCCUUCUUUCCAAGACCUCAUCAACAUCCAGGUCGGCCACCAACGGGACCUCGACGUCGGGUGGCAGCAAGAAGACCGUCGGGUUUUCUGCCGCCAACAGUCUUCUGUACGCUGCCGCGGCCGCCGUUGCCAUCGGGCCCUUGUUUCUCUAA